AUGGUGGGUACUCGUAGUAAUGGUAACCCAUCCAGUGGCAGUGGUCAGAUGCCUGAAGCAGAUCCGCAGCAGCUUUUAGCGAUGAUUCAAGGGCUUGUGACGAACCAGCAGUUCUUAGCUGGGCAUUUGCAGCAGGAGCCUCAGCACCAGCAUCCACCUCGCUCGGAGCCUGGUGUUAGAGAGUUUCGAUAUAUGCGGCCUCCUUCCUUUACUGGUGCCGAGGGACCUUUAGCAGCAGAGGAGUUCCUCAAGGUCACGGAGACUAUCCUUACGGUGACUCGUAUUCCCCCUGCAGAGUGGGUAGAUCUCAUGGAUGUUCAGCUCACGGAUACAGCUAGAAUCUGGUGGGCUGCUGAGAAGACACACCUAGAGAGGCCGAUUCUGUGGGAGACGUUCACGGAUAGCUUCAAUAGGAAAUAUUUUCCUCAGUCGGCCCGAGAUGAGCUCCUGCGUAGAUUUGUCGAGCUCAAGAGGCACCAGUUCCAGAAAGGUCUGGACAAGUAUAUCAGAUUGGCUUUGGCUGGUAGGGCUCUCGCGACUCACGACGCCGUAUUGGAUGCAACACGUGAGAUUGAGAGCGUGCAGAAGGAACCAGAAGAUUCACACUUGAUUCAGAGUAGGACACCAACAGCUCCGACCCGAAGUGUCGAGCGUCUCCCUCCGAGACAGCAGCAACCUAAACCCGCAGAGGCUAUACUUGUGGGUCCUCGGGUCAUAUUAGUCAGGACUAUCCUCAACAGCAGCAGGCUCGUUUGCCCCUACCUCCAGUUCGGGCAGCUCUCCCAGCACCACCUCGACCAGCCCUGGCAGCACCGCCUCAGCCCAGAUCCUAUCCUCGAGCAGGGCCACUUCCUCAGCAGCAGCAGGCUUAUCAGAAAGCGCAGAGGCAGCAACCACAGCGGCAGAUGCAAGGUUCUUGUUUCUUCCGUACCUGCUUUAUCGCUUUUUGAUUCUGGAUCCUCCCAUUGUUUCCUGUCUCAUCGAUUUGCGAGUGUCCAUUCUCUUCCUAUAACUUCUCUGACUACGAGCUGGAAUAUCAACACGGGCAGUGGUGUUUUAGUAGCAUCUAGUGGUUAUGAAGCAUGCCCUAUGGUCAUCUGCGGGAGGGAACUCUUCGCAUAUUUUCUGGUGAUAGAUUUACCGAGCUUUGAUGCAGUUUUUGGGAUGGAUUGGUUAGGGUCGUUCUUUGCCACCAUUGAUUGUCACCGUCGGAGCGUAGUAUUCGAGAUACCAGAUCAUCCGAGAUUUGAAUUCAUUAGUGGUAGCACAUCGGCCGGACCUGUGGAGUUCAGAGCUAGACCGAAGAAGGCGACGUUAGCUACGAUGCAAGUGGAAUCCGAGAAGCCAAUUGUAGUUCGGGAAUUUGAAGAUAUGUUUCCCGACGAUAUUUACGGAUUGCCACCGGAUCAGGCAAUUGAGUUUUCCAUAGAUUUGAAGCCUGGAGUUGCUCUUAUCUCCAAGACUUCUUAUCGUAUGCCCCCGACUGAGUUGAUCGAGCUUCAGACUCAGUUGGACGAUCUUUUGCAGAGAGGGUUGAUUCGACCUAGUGUAUCGGCCUGGGGAGCACCUGUGUUGCUCAUGGGAAAGAAGGAUGGAUCCAAACGGAUGUGCAUUGACUAUCGAGAGUUGAAUGCGGAAACAGUGAAGAAUAAGUAUCCACUUCCCCGUAUCGAUGAUAUCUUCGAUCAAUUGGGAGGAUCAAGAGUAUUUUCUAAGCUAGAUUUGCGGAGCGGAUAUCACCAGGUGAAGGUUAAGGAUUCUGAUGUCCCCAAGACUGCGUUUCGGAUGAGAUAUGGACAUUAUGAAUUCUUAGUGAUGCCGUUUGGUGUGACUAAUGCACCGGCGACAUUCAUGAACCUGAUGAAUCUGGUAUUCUAUGAGGUGCUGGACAAGUUUGUAGAGGUCUUUAUUGAUGAUAUCCUGGUAUACUCUAAGAGUGAAGCGGAGCAUGUGGAGUACUUGCGGUACGUGUUGCGGACCCUGAGAGAGCAUCGGUUGUUCGCCAAGUAUAGCAAGUGCCAGUUCUGGCUAGAUCGCAUCACGUUUCUAGGACACGUGGUGUCAGGAGACGGCAUAUCAGUGGAUCCGGAGAAGGUAUCUGCAGUGAAGGAUUGGCCUACCCCUAAGUCAGUGUCAGAUAUUAAGAGCUUCCUACGAUUAGCUGGUUACUACCGUCACUUCAUCAGAAUUUUUUUGAAGAUUUCAGAGCCGAUGACACGACUUACGAGGAAGGAUAUUAAGUUUGUCUGGUCCGACGCUUGUGAGCAGGCGUUUGAGGAGUUAAAGUCUCGACUGAUUUCAGCCCCGGUCUUGAUAAUACCAGAUAAGAGUGGGAACUUUGAGGUGUUUUGCAACACAUCAGGUAGAGGAUUGGGAUGCGUUCUUCAACAGGAUGGUCAUGUGGUGGUAUAUGCUUCUCGUCAGUUGAAGAAGCAUGAACAGAAUUAUCCUACCCACGACUUGGAGUUGGCAGCUGUGAUUUUUGCCCUUAAGCUUUGGAGGCAUUAUCUGUUAGGAGAGCAAGUGAAGGUGUUCACUGAUCACAAGAGCUUGAAGUACCUAUUUACUCAGAAGGAGCUCAACAUGAGGCAACGCCGAUGGUUAGAGCUAAUGGCGGAUUACAACAUUGAUCUUCAGUAUCACCCUGGUAAGGUCAAUGUAGUACCAGAUGCAUUGAGCCGAUUGCUGGCGAUCAUGACCCUCACGGCUCAGUGGAGACUCCAGCAGGAAGUGAGGGAUAUGAGUAUAGAAGUUCUUCUUCCAGGAGUCACCGCUUCUUUAAUGAAUCUUCAGAUUCAAUCGACACUGAUCAAGCGACUCAAGGCAGCUCAAGCAGGUGAUCCAUUUCUUCAGAAGUGCAGAGAGUUAGCAGUGGCCGGUCUUCGACCAGAAUUUGUUAUUCAUGAGGAUGGAUCCUUACGAUUUGGGAGUCGUAUCUGCGUACCAGGAGGAGAUAUUCGAGAGGAUAUAUUGCGGGAAGCUCAUAGUUCACCAUAUUCUAUUCACCCUAGAGGAGAUCGUGCGAUUGCACGGAGUUCCAGUGUGCAUCGUUUGGAUCGCGAUACCCGAUUUACCUCAGAGUUCUGGAAGAGUUUGCAGGCGAGUCUUGGGACCAGUCUCAGUUUCAGCACAGCUUAUCAUCCCCAGACCAAUGGACAGUCAGAGAGGACCAUUCAGAUUUUGGAGGAUAUGCUUAGAGCUUGUAUGCUUGACUUUCACGGGUCAUGGGAAGAUCACUUGCAUUUGGUGGAGUUUGCAUACAACAAUAGCUUCCAGGCUAGUAUUGGAAUGGCCCCUUUUGCAGCAUUGUAUGGCAGGAAGUGCCGCUCUCCUUUGAGUUGGGAUGAUGUUGGUGAACGGGAGAUUUUUGGGCCAGAGUUGAUUGAGAGAUCAGUUGAUGCAGUCAGGAUUAUUCGGGAGCGACUUCGCAUAGCACAGGACAGAUUCAAGUAUUGGGCAGAUGCGAAGCGCCGGAAUUUAGAGCUUCAGCCAGGAGGUCAUGUAUUCCUAAAGAUUUCCCCCAACCGAGGCACCAUUCGCUUCGGAAGGCGUGGGAAGUUGAGUCCGUGA